ACCCCUCAGUGUUGUCAGGCAAAGUAUAAGACAGCAGCAGCAAGAGCAGGAGAUCUGCAAUAGAUAAACACACAGACUCACACAAACCAGCUUGCUCGCUCACAGACACACUACCACAGACUGAGAGAUAGACGCUAUAGAUUUUAGGGAACUGAGGCUCCGGUUUCUCUGAUUUCCAAUUUUAAUGGGCUUACACUCAUCCACCGUUUCAGCGGAAAACAGCCACCGAGGGAGAGAGCGGCAGGUGCGCCCUUUAAGAGGGGGAGCAGCUGAGGCAAGGACAGCAUCCGAGUCUCCAUCCUCUGUGGAGGUCGUGCAGUCCUUUACGGUGCAAGACAGAGAGACGGAGCUCUCUGGUGUUUCUUUUCACGCUCCUUCAACGUGGAAGUAGGCUGAAAUGGUUGGCAGUGUUCUCAGGCCUAAACCUGUCUGAGUGAGCCCUAUGAACACAAGUCCCAAUGCUCUACAAUAAUGGCCUUUGCACGUUCUGUGGGCCCACAGGACAUCAAAGGCCAGUGUUGGACAGACGAGGAGUCGGACGGAGAGAAUGAGUCGGAGCAGUUCCUGUAUGGCAUUCAGGGGAGCUGUGCCGCUGACCUGUACCGUCACCCUCAACUGGAUGCAGACAUUGAGGCAGUGAAAGACAUUUACACUGACAGUGCUGUCUCUGUCAGAGAGUAUGGAACCAUCGAUGAUGUGGACAUCGAUCUUCACAUUAACAUCGGUUUCUUAGAUGAGGAGGUUGCGACAGCUUGGAAAGUUAUCAGAACAGAGCCCAUUAUUCUGAGACUGCGCUUUUCUCUUUCUCAGUACCUCGAUGGACCUGAGCCGUCAGUAGAAGUGUUCCAGCCCUCCAAUAAAGAAGGAUUCAGCUUGGGCCUGCAGCUCAAAAAGAUCCUGAGCACGUUCACCUCACAGCAGUGGAAGCACCUCAGUAAUGAGUUCCUCAAGGCUCAGCAGGAGAAGAGGCACAGCUGGUUCAAAGCCGGGGGGACCAUCAAGAAGUUCCGUGCAGGGCUCAGCAUCUUCUCCCCCAUACCCAAGUCUCCAAGUUUUCCUCUGAUCCAAGAUACGGUUAUUAAAGGGAAGCUGAGCGUCCCUGAGCUGAGAGUGACCCGCCUGAUGAACCGCUCCAUCUCUUGUACCAUGAAGAACCCUAAAGGGGAACUGUUCAGCUAUCCCCCAAACAGCCAGACUGUGGCUGUCCCGGCGGCCAGGGCCCCAGCGCAGAUUACCACGAGGCAGCUGAUUGAAUUGUUUUUCUCAUCCCAGGCGGGCGGCCACUGCAAGAACAUCCCUACCUUGGAGUACGGCUUCUUAGUGCAGAUAAUGAAGUACUCAGAGCAGAGGAUCCCCACACUCAAUGAGUACUGCGUGGUGUGUGACGAACAGCAUGUUUUUCAGAAUGGAUCCAUGCUGAAGCCCGCUGUGUGCACCAGGGAGCUGUGUGUGUUCUCCUUUUACACUCUGGGUGUGAUGUCUGGAGCUGCAGAGGAAGUGGCCACUGGAGCAGAGGUGGUGGACCUACUUGUGGCCAUGUGUCGUGCUGCUCUUGAGUCUCCCCGUAAGAGCAUCAUCUUUGAACCGUACCCAUCCGUUGUUGAUCCCAAUGACCCCAAGACUCUGGCCUUCAACCCAAAGAAGAAGAAUUAUGAGAGACUGCAGAAAGCACUGGACAGUGUCAUGUCCAUCCGGGAAAUGACCCAGGGCUCAUAUCUGGAGAUCAAGAAACAGAUGGACAAACUGGACCCUUUGGCCCAUCCCCUGCUACAGUGGAUUAUUUCCAGUAACAGGUCGCAUAUCGUCAAGCUGCCUCUCAGUAGGCAACUGAAAUUCAUGCACACCUCCCAUCAGUUCCUGCUGCUCAGCAGUCCCCCGGCUAAGGAGGCUCGUUUUCGCACUGCCAAGAAGCUGUACGGCAGCACCUUCGCCUUCCAUGGCUCCCAUAUAGAGAACUGGCACUCUGUUCUGAGAAAUGGACUAGUCAAUGCCUCCUAUACAAAACUGCAGCUGCAUGGGGCAGCAUAUGGAAAGGGCAUCUAUCUGAGCCCCAUCUCCAGCAUAUCUUUUGGAUACUCAGGAAUGGGGAAAGGACAGCACCGCAUGCCCACCAAAGAUGAACUGGUGCAGCGCUACAACCGCAUGAACACCAUACCACCGGUGAGAGCACAAAAUAGCCGUCCAAUACAAUCAAGGUUUCUUCAGAGUCGAAACCUGAACUGCAUCGCUCUGUGCGAAGUUAUCACAUCUAAAGAUCUGCAGAAACACGGGAACAUCUGGGUGUGUCCAGUAUCUGACCACGUCUGCACUCGCUUCUUUUUUGUGUAUGAAGAUGGCCAAGUAGGGGAUGCCAACAUCAACACCCAGGAGCCAAAGGUUCAGAAGGAGAUCAUGCGUGUGAUUGGGACUCAGAUCUACUCCAGCUAAUGGAGAUUCACCAGCGACACAUAGAUGGAUUUGUCUCUCUGGAGGAGGCACGCAGGCAGGCAGACAGGCAGAGAGAGCGAAUGUUCAGACAAGACGACCACAGGCGUGAUAAUGAAGCGACUGAGGGAGCUCUUCAGCACAUUAUGUCUAGAGUCUUCUUUUUUUUUGAGUCUGUCUCUCUUGUUUUGUUGCUAUUCCUUCAUCGGUUACACACUACGUACUGUAACUCUGAAGAAAAAAGCAGGGUCAUCAAUGGCAUCCACUCAUACAGAAUACACACAUUUAAAAAUCUUUAGGUCAAAUGCAAGCUUCUGUCUCUCUUGCUGCACCUAUACUGAUCUUAAUGAUCUGUAAUUAUAUUUUCUCUUUGUGAAUUUCAAGUAAAAAAAAGAAGAAAAGAAAAAAAGAAUCAUUCCAAACAACAAAUCCCUCUGUGGUUGAUGGAUUUACAUGCACAUACAUAGUUCCCUUACUGUGUUUAGAAAGGCAUUGUUUCCUAUUUUCUCUCAUUAACGUCUUAUAAUUAAGGACUGAGACAUAGUUAUCUGUGGGACAGGUACUGCUCUGUCCCUUAGUCCUUGUCCCCUGGAUGAAGCUGCCAGAAUCCAGUAAGCAAGGUGUUGCUUGAAGCUGCAUACACUAUAGGCACUUUGAUUACAAAUGUAAAAAAAAAAAAAAAAAUACAAAAUCUAUCAAAUAAUAUCGUUGUCAUUUUUACAAGUUUAUGACUGAAAGAUGAAGCACUUUCAAAAUCUUACAGCAACAAAUGGCUUUUCAAAUAAUAAAAAAAAAACCUCCCCUCAACUUUUAUCUGACUGGACAGACAUUGAACGUGACAAGUUAAAUAAGAACAAGGGUCAUAAAAUGUCCUUAAAUUUUAAUUUCUUCAUAUACUUGUUAACCCUGUAAUUUAAAAAUAGUUUUUACUACCACUGAUUACACUGAAAAUGAUCGCCCACCUGAUUUCCUAUUUUAUGAUUCUUGUAAUUCCUUAUUUUAUUAAUUUCACAGUUAUUUUUUUUUGCUUUUUUGUGUGUGCAUCUUUUAGAAAAGCUGAAACUUGGCACUCGACUACAAUAAAACUGGUAUCUGGUUCUACACGUACUAGACAGGUUUGAGCAGCUUGAUAUUUUUGAUACAGUGAAAAACCAGUUUGUUCAAGUACACAUCAUUUAUCCUAUUCUGGAAUAAAUUCCUUUGUGUUUCAAUAACAAUUAUCAUCAGAAUCACAAGUUAUAAAAAUUAACUGUACAGAAAAAAAUAAAUAAAAAAAUCAUGGAUCAUAAGGUGAUCUCACCCUGACCUAACAAACACUGGAGGUAAAUUAAUGUGCAGCUCCCUGGUUUCAAAACGGAGAAUGGCAACCUUGUAUAGCUAAUCAAGUUUAUCAGUUAGUCAUGUAAUGUACGUAUGUAUGUUUGUAUGUGUGGGUUUGUAUUUUCUUGACAUUAUACUGGACAUUGCACUUAUUCAACGUUUGCCUAAGCUGGAGAAAUGGACUUUCCUUGGACCUGCAGUAGACACACUGGAGGAAAAGAAGGAGGGGAAAAAAAAUAAUAUUCUUGGUGCCAGGAAAACUAUAAUAUCCAACAACAACCUUAACUAUAUCUACUAAUAUGGGCUUUCACUGUUUCCUGGAACUAAAAACCCUGACUACUGAAUGGACUUUGCCACACAGAAGGAGAAUGAACUGUAAAUAAGGACACGGGAGAACUCGCCGAGAUGUUUUUUUCAAAGAAGGAGAUGUAGAUGUACAGUUGACUCACUGUGUUGCAGGACUGCUCAAACAACUGAUGUCGGUUUUUUGCCAAGAGGUUGGAGCUCCGAGUCUCUUUGAGAAUCUUAUUUUCUUGCUCCCUCUCUCUGGUGAGCGACGUUUUCAUCAAAGAUGAUGCUGAUGACGAUGAUGGUGAUUGUGAUUAUUAUGAAAUGUGAGAAUGCAGGAGGGAAAAAAAAAAUAAAAUAAAGCCUGAUUUUGCACAGUUUUA